UAUAAUAAUAUCAUAACAAAGUUUAAACAUUAGAGAGAUCUGCUGGCUGAUGAGUAUAGGGAGGCUUUGUUAUGGGAAAAAUGGUUUCUUCCUUAUUUUAUAUCAUUUAUGACUCAUGUUCUGCAAUCGACGUCUUGUGUUUUGUCUUACUUCUGUUUUUUGUUUUUGACAUUCACCUAGUUUGUUCAAUGGUUGUCUCUGCCUGAUAGACUCUGAACUCUAUCUCCCAAACACAAAUCCGGGGGGUUGUGUCUCUGUCUGCUGAGACUUAGCGCUCCUUCCUCUCUGAUAGUCAGACGCCAGUGAUGCAGGUGUGAGAAUGUAAACAUCUCCACACACACGGCGACAGUUAUGAGAUGGUGCAUGCAAUCUGAUUGGGCCACACAGACAUUCCACUGUAGUCGGACAGAGAGGUUAAAAGACAGAUGCAACUUGAGGAUUGUGGGCUCUUUGCAUUACACCUUCGUGGUGUAUCCGCUGAUCUCCCCAGUUUGUUUUUGGUUUGUUGAUGUGCACGAUCAACAUCCAUGUUUUUGAUUUGCUUUCCCAAUUAUUUUUAUUUUCCUUAAUUUUUAUAAGAAAUUACACAAAAGACAACUCUCUCAUCUGCUUGUUUAUGGGAAAUUUUCACCGCAGCUUCCAGUCAGAACAAUGUAAAAACUAAACAACGCCCCAUGAUCCACUGUGAUGAACACCAGACUCAACAGCGUUUACUCAUCGGCUGUUACAGGACGCAAGAAGUCUGGAACACCUUGAAAGGGCCUGCUGGAUCCUAAAAUAACUUACAGCUCGAUAAAGUAUGGGAUAUUGGAAAAGUAAUGGACGCUUAAACAUCUGGAAGAACUGUGGACAGAAAUAAAGUUACCGGAUCUGUAAGAAUAUAGAAAAAACAUAUGCUAUUUUGCUUCCAUUGUUAUUAUUAGCGUGGUUGUUUAAAUAUGUUGAUGGACGUCUUUGCGUGUUGGGCAAGAAAUUUCCACGUGUUAAACUAAUGUAUUUUCAAUAAAGUUGUAGACAAAAAAAGCAACAACAAGCGCUGAAAGUAAAUGCACACGCUGCAGAGGCGGCUGCGUGGCCACAACCCUACACACUGAGUCAUUCUGGGUCCAUGGAGCAAAACACCACGUUUACUCACUGAGGGGGAAAACCAGCGGGGUGAACCUCGCCUGCGCUGAGGCUUCGCCCCGCUGUUAUGAGAAGCAGCCGCAGCCCGUCUGAAUGAAGGCUUUCUGCUCUGGGCCCCGACGGCCAAUGGGUUUUCUUCAUCGUGCGGUCAGCGUUUGACGCGUCAGCCAGGCGCGCCCACUGCGCAGCCCCGGAGCCGUCUGCGCCCGCCAACGGAGCUCAGUGUGGAUGGAUCGGCGAGACGCGACGCACGAGCGCGGCUUUUCUGCCUCUUCUUCACAGCCGAGGGGAAAGUUACGGACAAGGCCCAGCGUGAAGCGGACGUGAACGGAGACUUCCAUCCGGGAGCAGGCGGCGCGCGGAGUCUAACGAAGUAAAGAAGGUUUCUCAGGACCCACCCAGUUCUGGCCUAAACACAAGGAUUGAAUGUCCGACAGGAAGUCGGAUUGGAUCUGGAGAUCAUCCUAGUGUUAACAUAAAGACAGCGAGAUAACCAUGACGACGGCUAGCUUCAGCGACGACUAUGCAAACUACACCUAUGAGGAUGACCUGGAGUACGGCGACAUUGAAGAGCUCAGAGUUGGGCACAGGCAGCAGGAAACUCUGCACAUCAUCUCUGUAGUCGUAUACUGUAUUUCCUUUGCGCUUGGGCUUAUUGGAAAUGGAACGGUCAUUUGGGUGACGGCGUUUAAAAGCAAAAAGACCGUCAACAGUGUGUGGCUGCUCAAUCUAGCCAUGGCCGACUUUGUGUUUGUGCUGUUCCUGCCCUUGUACAUUGAUUACAUAUUACGGGACUUCCACUGGGAUUUUGGUUGGGCCAUGUGCAAGAUCAACUCCUUUGUGUCUGUCAUGAACAUGUAUGCCAGCGUGCUCUUCCUCACCGUGCUGAGUAUCGACAGGUACAUCUCUAUAGUCCACCUGAACUGGUCCCAGAGACACCGCACGGUCUGGAGAGCGUGGCUGGUGUGCGCCUGCAUAUGGGUGCUGGCUGCAGCCAUGAGCUCUCCCGCGCUGGUGUUUCGCGACACUUUGCGCUUACACGACAAGGUGGUGUGCUUCAAUAACUUCUACACACACGAUUCAAAAACAGCAAUCAUGAGACACAUUAUCACGGUGAGCCUCCGUACCAUUGUGGGCUUCCUCCUGCCCUUUAGUGCCAUAUGUGUGACGGGAAUACUACUGACGGUCAAGGUGAAUCAGUCUAAGAGAGUCAUGCAUGUUUCUAGCUUCUCCAGAACAGUCACUGCAGUAAUCCUGGCCUUCUUUUUGUGCUGGGCACCUUUCCAUACUUUUAGCCUGAUGGAGCUCUCCAUACAUACCACAUUUUAUCUGCACAACAUACUGAAAACGGGGUUUCCUCUCGCCACCAGUUUAGCGUUUUUCAACAGCUGCAUUAACCCUCUGCUCUACAUGCUUCUGGGCAAAAAGGUACGACACAUCCUAAAGCGCGCAUGCCUGAACAUAACUAAAAGUUCAUUAAGAGAGUUCAGCCAGUCGAUCUCUGCCACUGAGCUAGAGUCUGUGCCAGGACCCCAUCAGGACGGCAUUCCGGAGGUGGAGUCGGCAAAUCUAUGAUCUCAGCCCUCCUCAGAUUCCUGUAGUUCUCCAUGAAAAAUCCGGAGGGUGAGACUGGCUGAGUUUUUAGUGUAAACGAGAAGGAAUGCACAAAAGCCAGAGCAAUUUUCCUAUUUAGUUUCAUAUGGUCAGCCAGCGCCUUGUCCCAGUGGACGAGCUGAGGGAAGCUACUAGCAGAAAUUAUCACAGACACAGAAAGAAACAACUGCCAGGACACAGAUUACAGCUGCUAAACAGUGUUUUUGACUGACUUCUAAUUAGUCAUUCUAGUUUAAUUCAAGUGGUCCCACAAGGUCCAUCUUUUAUAUCUGACUAUCUGCUGCUUAACUACUCUUAAAUAUUUUAAUGGACUUUGCAGAUAUCAUGCUGUUAUAAAACUUUUAUCUAUUCAUUAAUAAUAUGCGUAUUAGAUAUCUGUAUUUUUGUUGUUGUAUUCUUUUGAACCAAGAGUAUCUGCUGUCAGAGCUCAAUAUGGUAUUGCAUUGUUUACAAUAUAAUAUAUUGCCCAUUUUUGAUUGCAGUCUAUGAUUAUUGUGUUUUAACAUUAUAGUGGCUGUGGGAGCCAUCUAUUAAUGUAACUAGUCGAAUCCUAUGUUUUAUACUAAUAUAUUCACAGUAAAUGUAUCUUAAUAAAUCAGGUUUUCUAAACA